AUGCCUCAUAUCCCUGCUGAGGUGAUUCUACAUAUCAUCGAAUGUCUUGUCCCAUCAGCUCAUACUGUCGCAUUCCCACCAGCGCACCCGGUGACCCAAACAUUAAUCAGCCUCACUCUCGUAUCCAGCCUCACACACCGCACAGCAAAACGACUUCUUCUCAAGCACUGCCUAUACCUUGACUCUGAAAAACGGCUGGAUCAUGUUCUUCCGCAGCUUCACACAGACGAUGGAAAACAAGAAGCAGAUCCGAUGGGACUCUUCUUGGCUCCAUUCCCCAACAAUAGCCUAGAGGAGCCCCAGGUGGUAAAGCAGGUUGGCCAACUGUCAUCGUAUGUCUGUGGUAAUCUACGGCGUCUCGUUAUCGAUGUUCCGCUGCGGUACCUCUAUCCGGACGAAGACGUACAAGGGUUACGAAAAAUACUACGGGCAUCCUUCGUCCGCCUAACGAAGCUGGAAGAGUUCUGUUCUGUUCAGGACGAGAUGUAUUGCGAUACUACAGAGCAUGGAACUGAACCACCCGUAUGGUCAUUAUGGCCACGUCUCAAACACCUCGCGCUAUACAACCAGAGCGUAGAAGGGCUUGGGUUCCUACAGGCUCUUCAGCGGUGUUCAAACCUCACCCAUCUGGUCCUCACACGGCCGGAUAGUCUAACAGAGCCCAUAGACCGGGGUCUAGAGGGCCAUAAGUGGUGGUCAUUCUUGAAACGUGUUGUGAUUGUAAACACUGCAAAAGGUCAUGAGAUAGAGUUCUAUACGCGAGAAUCCGACUGGCGGAUGAGCUUUCUGGGGCACAUGAUGCGUCUUCAGCACUCUGAUCGGUCUGUUUCCAAUAUCUUGUCCCAGGACACAAAUCCAUUGUUAGAAUACAUAGCUGUGGAUCUUUCACCUGGCCGAGCAGCAGACGACAUCGGCCUUUGUCAGGAAUUCGUCCAGCAGCAUGCUGUCCAAGGGACGCUGUGGAGCUACCCGGGAGCUCCCUAUUCAUUCAAUCACUGA